CGAAUGAUUAGGUCGGUUUGUUGUCAAGUAAGCGUGUGUUAUUGUUUUUAGAAUGGUAAUGAGGUGAUGAACAGCAUUAUGCCAGUAGAUAGCCCAGAAAAGAAGAAAAUAUCUUUAAAAGAUUUUGAAUCACAUAAGCAUAUUUCCAAUCUACUGAAUGGACUCUUGCAAAGAAGGGCGGCCAAUGCCAUCGACAUGGCUUUGCAAGCAUCUUCAUACGAUUCUAAUGAUAUUCUAGUAGAGAUCGGGCCGUCGCAGUAUCUAUUACUAAUGCUGUUAUAUGCUUUUACAGCUGAAGAUUUGACAUUUGCUUACCUUUUACUCGAACUAGGUGAUUUGAUCAAACCUCAAUUGAAAUCUUAUUUGAAAGUAUGGCUGAUGGAUGAAUUUUCAUUCCACCCCGACAAGAUUUACAAAGCUGUCCGUUUUCUAUGUCGUAAAAAGGAUCGUCUUGAUGUUCCGACUCACAUAUUGGAAAUGAUUCUACAUUUAAAAGAUAAAUACAAUAUAAUACAACAAUGUAUUACAAAUGAAGAUUCCGAUGUUUUAGAAUGGAUUCACGAUUUCCAACCAAAGAAUUCUUAAUUGUCUGAUUUUGAGACUGGUUAAACUUUAUAUAGUUUCAAAUUUGCAUACACAUACUGACGAUAAUUAAAGGUUGUUUAACUUGUUGUUAAGACAGAUUUGCAAUGCCAGCCUAAGUUGAUUGUACCUGAUGUUUAUUAACAGUGGCAAAAUUGUGUACUUUUUUUUUUUAACCCAGUUAAUUUGCAAAAGAAGUAAUUUAAAGAGAUACAUUAAUAUUUUUUAAUUCAAGUUUGUACUAUAGAAUUUAUAUGGUAUACUGAAAGAGAGAGAAAACUCAGUUAUAAUUAUCGAAAAAUUUAUAUUUUAAAUGAAUGAAAAGUUAUGUUACAUAUUAUAUUGAACAAUUUAACCCAUUCAGUGCCAGUAAUUUUAACCUGUAGAUUCAUUGUGGGUCAAGAGUAUAUUUUUGAAAUUAAACAAAACUUUAAAAUUGUAUAUUAAAGAUAUUUUUAUUACAGUAUAAUCAACCCUAGUUAUAGUACCGGUAUUCUCAAUGAUUUAAUUGAUCUUUGUAUAUAUUUGUGUGGUCUAUUUACUUAGAAUUUAUAAUAUUUUAUUAGUGAAGGAUCAGUUAUUAUAUAAUAAUUAAUUACAUUUAUAAGAUCAAAUUUAAUUUAAUCAAUUGAUAAUAAAAUUUCAAUGUCUUAAUUUUUUAUAUUAAAAACAGUUAUUUUUCUUAAAUCAGUUUUUUAUUGAAACUUUUUUUAAAACAGCUAUAUUUUUCUUCUAAUUUUUGAUUAUUUAGCAGUUCAAAUUUUACAUAUGCUUAAAUGUUAUUAGAGAUACAAUUGUAUUGAAGUAUUGUAAAGACGAAUUUCUCAGAUUAGUUCAAUGUGCUCUUGUGAUCAAAUUUAUCUUUUAUGUGGCUUUACAUGGUUUUUAGAUGUAAAAUUUGUAUUUUUCAAUUAAUAUUCUCAUAUCUCUUUGACAUUUCUGUAUUCAGUCUAGUUAUGUUUUCAUACCAGCCACUGUUGAUUGCAUUCAUGGUUGUGUGGAAAAACUGUUGGGUAUAUUCCCGCCAAUCUUAAUCUGUUUGCCUCCUUACCUGGCGAUAUCAACUACCAAUUUCUUUAUAUUCCUGUUCCUUCAUAUGGUUUAAUCUAGACCUCAUGUCGAGCUUAAGUUAAGAAAAAAAGAAUUAUAAUAAUUUUUAUGCUAAAAUUUAGUGUUAUUUGUUAUUGCACAUUUAAAAUGUUGAUCAUUAUUACACAAUUUAGAAUUGUAUUGUAUGAAUUUCACUCUAUUGAGAACUCUGGAUUGGAAAGCACACUCGAAUUAAAAACAAUGACAUACGAGAGAGUUUUCUUUGUUUUGUAAAUUUGUUUUUUAUCUGCACUACUUACAUUUAAAAUAAUUGUGACUUUAACCAUAUUGCAGACCUUAACUAAAGUUAAUAUGUUUGUGGCACUGAAAGGGUUAAAUCAUUUUUAUGUAAUGUAAAAUAUAAUGUUUAAAGAAAACCAAUAAACAGGAAUUACAGCUGAACCUCUACAUAUUGAACUUGAAGGUUUCUGAAAAACAAAGGAGUUUUUGAAAAAUUAAAAUUUAUAAUCGAUAUUUGUAUUAAAUUUUUAUAGAAGCUUUAUUUUUUCUCUUGAUUUAGCCUGUCAAUGAUCUAUAGUUUUUUUUUUUUUUUUUUUAAGAUAAGCACUUCCUUUAUUUCCCUUUAUUAAUUUUUUUUUAAAUUAUGAUUAUUAUUAAUCGUCUAGCUCAAAUAAUGAUUUCAUAUUUUUGAAACAAUGAAACUGCUAUUUCUUGCAGUGAUAAUAUACUUUAUUCUUUUUGAAACUGAAUGUUCAAUUGAUAAAGACUUACAUUUCAUCCAUGAUGACACACAUUAUCGGGCUCAAUGUUUUUUUUAUUAUAUUUUCCAUUUAUGAGUUUUACCAUUAAGCUUUCUGUGAUGCAUCAGCAUCGUUACCUGAUAUUACUUUUCCUGCUACAAGACUGGAAUAAUCAACACUGCUUUAUCCUUAAAAAUAGAUCUAGACAUUAACAUGUUCCUGUCUUCUUUUUAAAGUAUAAAAAUUUUAGUUAGAGUUAGUUAUUUUAAAAUGUUAUAAUGUAUGUAAAUCGAUAAACUGAGAUUUUGAUGAAUUUAAGUUCAAUAUGUAGAGGUUGAAAAGUAUUUUUUAAUGUUACUUAUUUCUGUGGCGCCAAUUCCUGAAUGAUAUACAAAUAGACUUGAAUUUUAGCAUCUGAUUCUAUAUGUGCCUUUUUGCUCAGAAGUAGAUUAAGUUUGGGUAAUAGUGAAUCAAAGUUAACGAUUGUACCAUCACAAAUUUUAUUGUUCUGUCCAUUACCUUCGAAAAUAUUUACAUUGACAACUGAAGAAUAAUAUAUUUUGUUAUAUAUGUAUCUAAUGCAGCAAGUUAGCUUGUAUAUAUGUAUUAUGUUAAUAGUUUGUUAUUGGUAACUUGACGUUGUGAUGAAUUAAGUCUGAUGUUAUAUUCCAUAUAAUUAAUUAAUGUUCAUCUCAUUUAUCUUAUGCAGAAUAUUUUUUAAACAAUUAGCUAAAUUUACACUUUUAAUAAAUUACAUUGUCUUACGUUAUAGUUUUUUUUUAUUUAAAAAAAAAAAUCUAUUAUACUUUCCUUACACUUUCUCUGUUAUAAUUCGUAUGAAAAAUU